UUCGCAGCGUCUGUCUCUUUCUAACAAUGUCUGUGUGUGUGUGUUUUUUAAUUUUUAGGAAAUUUGGAGGAAACUCCGUCCACGAGAGGGAUGACAUGUAAUGGCCCCAUUUUGGAGGAUCCCGCGCCAGACAUGGCUCAGUUGGCUUCCAGGCAAGAAACUUUUGCCGGUUUCCCAAGUCGCUGCGCCGUUUCUUCCUCGGACCUAGCCCAGGCCGGCUUCUUUUACACGGGAGAAGGAGACCAAGUCCGAUGCUUUAGCUGUCUUGCGACCCUCGAAGGAUGGGAAGAGGGGGACUCGGUGGUUGGAAAGCACAAAAUCGUCUCUCCCAACUGCCACUUUAUCAACGGCGCCGACUUCGAAGAGGGGCGUCCGCUUUCCGGGCUGCCAAAUGGACCCCCUGGAAGAGAAGCCCCCACUUCCGUCCUGCCCGAUUCCGAUCUUUCUGAUUUCGAGGCCGAUUACUUGUUGAGAACCAGGCAAGUGGUGGAUCUCUCGGGAUCUCCGUAUCCCCAAAACCCGGCCAUGUGCAACGAAGAGGUCCGGUUGAGAUCUUUCCAACACUGGCCUCGUUACGCGCCGGUCACGCCGGAAGAUCUGGCCAACGCGGGGCUCUAUUACCGAGGCGUGGAGGACGAAGUGGAGUGUUUUUGCUGCGGGGGGAAGAUGAAAAACUGGGAACCGGGCGACCAGGGCUGGUCGGAACACCGUCGUCAUUUCCCGAGAUGCUUUUUCGUCCUCGGGCACGAUGUUGGGAACGUGGCCCAUCCGCCAGGGGACGGGCAGCAGGACAGAAGCAGCGCGCAACGGGUGCCUCCUCUUCCUCCUCCCCUUCACAACCCCUCCAUGGCAGAUUUUGCAAAGCGCCUCCAGACCUUUGGGGCGUGGAGUUACUCGGUGAACAAGGAGCGGCUUGCUCAAGCUGGCUUUUACAGUCUAGGUAAGUAG